UCGGUCUUUGCUGGCAUUGCCUCGCCCCGCUUGUGAUGUGUGUGUGUGUGAAUAUCACAGUACAGUAGCUUAUGUUCGCGUACUUUGUCUCUGCUUUGCGUUACACACUCGCGCGAAACCAACGUUUUUAACAGCAAACGCCAAGCUUUAGUAACAAAAGGAAAGGAAAAGAACAUAAACUGGUCGAAGAUCUGGGAUAUGCUUUAAACAACUCUGCGGUAUCUUAUUUUAAUAGACAUUUUUUGGUGUUGGAUUAUACAGAAGAGAUCCGAAGUGCUGAGACAGUGCUUACAAAUACCGUUUUGUUCUCUCUCCUCGUAUACGUGUUUCACCUGGGAAGAGUCGACGCGCGUUACAAGGUGCAAAUAUGCCAAGACGAAAACAGCAAGCGCCGAAACGGGCUGCGGUGUACAUGCCCGAUGAUGAUGUCAGUCCUCCAGAGUCCAGCGCAGAGGCUGAAGGGGAUAAAUACAACCCGAUCGGAGAACAGCGGUCAGAGGAAAACGAGCCGAAGGAGCCAGCGGAGCUGGCGGACAGAAAAAGCAGUGACAGCAACCGGAACACUCCCGUCAGUGUUCUGUCCAAUCAGGAGGCUGAAUUAGAGUCCCACCUCAGUGACGUCAGCGAUAGACUUUCGGACCGAAGUGACUCAUCGUCCCAGAGCCCGGAUGAAGAAAGGAAAGACACUAAGGAAAAGGAGGAAGCAAACAGCAGCUUGGGGAAAAUGAGGGCCACCUACGCUAACUUCCUGUCAGACUCCUACUGGACGCAAAUCGGGCUGGACUUGAAAGUGGGCAACAAGGCAAAUAAAGGCAGCUGCGACAGCACUAACGAAAGCACCAAAAGUGAGUUUGACUGGCACCAAGACGCUCUGUCCAAAACCUUUCAGCUGGCGUGUUCCCCGAAGCCCGUCUCCAAGCCCAGCCUGUUCAGUUCUGUACACCUGCAGAGGCAGACCAGUAAAAUGUGUGGGUCCGUUUUCACCGGAGCCAGUCGGUUCCGCUGCAGGGAGUGCAGCGCCGCUUACGAUACCCUGGUGGAGCUGACGGUCCACAUGAACAAGAGCGGACACUACCGGGACGACAACCACAACACGCACAGCAGUGAGUCCGCCUCCAAAGUGCGGAAAAGGAACUUGCAGGUGCUGGAAGGGAAAGAGGACGCGCAGAAAGUCCUCAAGUGCAUGUUCUGUGGUCAUUCUUUUGACGCCCUCCAAGACUUAAGUGUCCACAUGAUAAAAACUAAGCAUUACCAAAAAGUGCCUUUGAAAGAACCUAUUCCUGUAAUGCCACCCAAAUUAGUCCCACACGCAAAGAAACGACCUUAUGAAGCCCCCAGGCCUUGCUCCCCUGACUCCACCACAGGGGCGGUUGCCGGCAGCAAUCUGCAGAGGCCGUACGUUUCCCAGAAUUUCCAGGGCGGUUCUGGGUAUCAGAACGGCGCCAGCUACACAUUUCAGUUUGAGGCGUGCAAGUCUCAGAUUCUGAAGUGUAUGGAGUGUGGGAGUUCGCACGACACUCUGCAGCAGCUCACGACUCACAUGAUGGUGACGGGACACUUUGUCAAAGUUACAAACUCUGCUUCUAAAAAGGGGAAACUCUUAGCCCUGGACCCAGUGGCUGUGGGGAAGAUGCAGUCAGUAGCGGAGUCCCCCGAAAAUGAAACUCUGUGCGGUACAGAGGGUGAUAAAUCAUUGCCAAAAAGUGUUACUUCAAGUGACACCGAGAUGGACUUCCACGGGGAAGAGACAGAAAGGAAAGAGAAGGGCAACCAGGCAAAAGAAAAUGGAGAUGAUAAGCAGAGUACUGAGGAUGAAAAACCCGGGGGUGGGACAUUUAAGUUCCAAUACUUGCGCGAAGAAGACCUCGGACAGGCAUCUGGAGGAGAAGGCGAUAUACUGAAGUCUUUAGCUAACACAGUAACCACUGCAAUCAACAAAGCCCAGACUGGAACGCCGAGCUGGAGUGCUUAUCCAAGCAUCCAUGCUGCAUACCAGUUUUCAGGGGCGUUUAAAAACUCGAUCCUUUCAACAUCACAGCCUGUUCAGCUGAAGCAGACAUUAAACAGUAAGCUGAGACUCAUAGCCCCAAAAGGGAAAUCACAUCAGAAUGCCUCAGGAGCAAAGUGCUUCCCUCUCCAGCAUUAUAAUAUGGACAUUAAAAAAGAGAAUGGCAGCACUUUCUCCAGUAUAGAGAGUCAAAACACUAAAUCUGAAGAUGGUGGAAAGGAUAGCAGUGAUAUUCAAGAGGUUUCUUCAGAGCUUUGUAGAGAUAAAACAGAAGAAGGGGACGGUGUGAUUAGAAAGAAUUUGAGCCGUCAUAUCUCACACAAGAAAGGUAAGGAAUACCCAUAUUCUCCCAUCAGCAACGGAUGCAGCAAUGCAUCGGCCCUCGCCAGCAACACUCAUGAGACGCUCCGCACAAACCCGCUCAGUGCACUGCAGUCUGUUUUGAACAAUCACCUGGGGAAAGCUAACGCGUCCUCUAAACGCAGAUCAGAAGCCUCGCUUGCUCGUGGGGCCCACUCCAUGCAUUCCAGACUAAGUGUAAACCUUGAGAAACCUGCCUUAGCAAUAGCUCCCUCCAGGGCAAGCGGGAUGUUGUUUCCGUGCGAGAGCGAUGACCAGCCAAUAGACUUGACAAAAUCCAAAAAACAUAAGCCAAACCCGCCUUGCAUGCAGUCUUGUACACCGGUGCAGCAGAAACACGCUCUCUCUGACAUCGCCGAUAUGGUCAAGGUCCUUCCAAAAGCAACAACGCCAAAGCCUUCGCAGCCUUCAAAACUGACCAGUACAAAACUUGAAACAGACGGGCAGUGUUUUGAGGAUGCUUCUCCCAAGCGCAAGGGCAGGCAGUCCAACUGGAACCCACAGCACCUCCUCAUCCUGCAAGCUCAGUUCGCCUCCAGCCUCUUUUUGACCACGGAAGGCAAGUACUUACUGUCAGAUCUUUCACCUCAGGAACGGAUGCACAUAUCAAAGUUCACCGGGCUCUCAAUGACCACCAUUAGCCACUGGUUGGCCAACGUCAAAUAUCAGCUGAGAAAAACAGGAGGGACAAAGUUCUUGAAAAACAUGGACACCGGCUACCCAGUCUUGCACUGCAACGACUGUGCAUCAAAGUUCCGGAACCCCUCGGCCUUUAUAACCCAUUUGGAGACCCACCUGGGGUUCCAAAUAAAAGACAUGAGCAAACUGCCAGUCAAGCAUGAAAUGCAAGCGGAGCCGGAGUUUUCCAAGGCUGUCAUGGCAGGACUAACAGAAACACAGAUUAUAGAGGAUGAAAUGGACUCCAAGUACAAAUGUAAGAUUUGCUGCCGGUCAUUUGUCAGCAACCACGCUGUCAAACUUCAUCUAAGCAAAACUCACUGCAAGUCACCGGAGAACCAUUCACAAUUUGUAGAAAUGGACAAAGAAUGACAUUCACCUGUACGUUUUACUAUCUGUUAAAUUUAGGUCUUUAUUUUCAUAAAUUUACUGCAACCGCUUUGCGUUAUCAUCACAGAUCAGUUUUGCUCCACAUAUUUUAAAUGACAUUAUUUAAAUAGUAACACCCAUUUUGGAGAAAACAAAAUGUGGUUCUAAUGGAGACCAAUGUGUACCUAAUAGUUUGAAAUGUAAGAUAACUGACAAUGGAAACAUUGAUUGUUCAGGGAUUAACUAGAUGCUCUUUUUCGGUACAUUUUAAUGCAUCUCCAAUAAUAAGCUGUAUUACUGCUUGAAAAAAAAAAGAAAAAAUUGCUGAUGUUUGCAUGCAAUAGCACUGGCCACAACUAUUUAUUUGUAUGAUAUGCCAAGGUUUCAUUUUAGUACUUUAAAGAGAAAUUGAUCAAUGUGUUUUAAAUGCCAAUGACAAUACACCUGAAGAAAUACAAAUUAUCUUGCAGAUAGACACAAGUACCUGUUAAUGCAUUUAUUGAAUUAUACAAAAUAGAUCUUUGUAAAACACUUGAAUCCAAAUGGUGAAACAGCACUUUAAUAAAUCUUUCAUCACCAGUGCAGGCUCAAAUUUUGUACAUGGUUAACUGAAUGAUUGAACUGACUGGACAGUUUUCUAAAAGGUAUAAAUAAGGGCACAUCAUAUCAAUGUAAAAUAUCAGUAGAGGAAAAAUAUUGUAAAUUUCACACAGAACACUGAAAUAUGAGACCAGCACAUUUUGUAUCAACAUGAAUAAAACAUUAACAUUUUUUAGCAACCUGUUUUGAUUUUCAAAUAUGGUAAAUACUCUACCGGGUGUCGGUUUCACUUACCGAAUUUGACAGGAAGUUGCCAAAAACCUGAUCCUGAGUUGCUGAAAAUUGGAGA